UUUCAUCGGCAUUCAAAGAACAUUUAUUUUUCUAAUUGUCAAAGUCCCCAGAUGUCUGAAGUUUUCAGCUACAGCGCCUCAUCUGGUUGAGCCUGGUAUAGCCUGUGUUUGCUGUUGCCUGGAGACUUGUUAAAAUACAGACAAGUUUCUUCUGUAUAUCCACUCACUCUGCUACACUCCUAAUUAUGGAAGUUAUGGAAAACCAUGAUGAGGUAGACCAGUCUAACGAGAGGGAGAGGCUGAAGAUGAAAAUUGCUGUUUUGGAGGAGAGUGUGAAGUCCAGUGAGGUGGAGUGCAAAGCCAGCAGAGAGAUGGUGCUGAGGCUGGUGGCAGAGCUGGACCGAGAGAGGAGAAAGGCUGCCAGCAGUGCAGCAGCACUUGAUUCACUCAAAGUGGAGUUAGAUGGCCUGGUGUUGGGAAAGAAAAGUGUAGAGAUGGAGAUGCAGACACUGACAGAGAGACUUGAAGCCAGCAAACGAGUCAUAGAGGCAGCUAGACGAGAAUCACACUGUUUGGAGAAACAGGUGGAGGAGCUUGAGAGAAAGGUCCAAACGAGCCACGGGGAGAUCCAGGCAGCUGAGGAGAAACUGCAGAUGUUCCUGACAAAGGUUGCAUCCCUGCUCCAGGGAGAGUCUGAGGACAGCAUCCCACCCAAAGAGAAAGAUAUUUUACACACACUGGAUAACUUCUGCAAUAAGACGGUGUCAGAGAUGGAGGCGAGGCUUUGUCAUGCCUCCGAGGAGCUGAAUGAGCAGAUGGAGCUCCAGCACAGCGCACUACAGAGGGCUCGGCUUGCAGAGCAGCAGGUCCAGGACCUGAGGGAGAGACUGCAAGGUCUGGAGACUGAGUUGUUGACAGCAGACAUGCAUCGAGACGGGCUGCAACACAACAAUCAGCAUUAUGAAGAGUUCCUGGAGCAGCUGUCAGAAAUGAUGAAGGUUGACAGUAUUGCUGUGGAUCUGGGCUUCGACAUGAGGCUAAAACUCAUCCUGUCCCGGGCAGAACAGCUUGUCAAGCACGAAGGAACUGCUUUGGUGGAGAGCAAAACUCUGACCUACAGCCUGCAGCGAAAGUUAAAGUCACAGAAGGACCAACUAGAGAGCAAAGGACUCCACAUCCAGCUCCUGAGGAAGAAGGUUUCAGAGCUGGAGGAGGAGAAGAGGAGCAGAUCGGCGUUGGCCGUGGAACGAGAUGACGCUCAUCUAGAGGCCAGACGACUGCUGAAGAAACAAGAGCGUCUCCAAGGCGAGCUGAAGGCCACCAAGCUGUCCAACACUGAGCUCAAGGCCCAGCUCUCCCACACCAAUGAGCUCAAGUUGAAAGUCCUGGAACAGGAUCAGAGCAUACAGGAGCAGAAAAAGAAGCUAGAUCAGCUGGUGGAGGGAAAAGCCAAGACGGAGAGGAAGCUGAACACACUGAGCUCAGACCUUCAGAGUCAAGAGAAGAAAACCAAAGAGGACCAGCAGCAACUCAACACCCUCAGACAGAGCCUGGCUCAGCUGUCUGAGAGGGAGAGAGAGCUGGUGGAUUUCCGGAUGGUAGUUUCCCAGAUGCUCGGUGUGGACGCCACAGCCUUGGCUCUCCCAAAUUCUGAAAUCAUCAAAUUACUGGAGACCCUUCUUCACACUCAUCAUCACCAUCAUCACCUUCAUCAUCAUGCAGAUAUGCCCUGGCACUGUCCUACUCACCAGAGGCCUUGUCUUGCCCAAAUCCAGGACCUGCCCACAGGACACAGUUCACCUUCAUGAAGCCUAGAAUUAUAUAUUAUACUUAAACCAAACUGCAGUUGAAAUGUUGAGGUAUUAAUUGUAGUCUAAAAAUAAAAUUAAGAUAGCCUUGAACUUGCACAGUAUGACAUGAUCAAUCAAAAAGCACUCUUAUCAGAUGAAGCUCAGUAUAAAUAUGACUCACCAAUAAUUCACUGAACAAACAUUAAAAAUGUAAAAUGUAAUAAUCAAAUAAAAAGACAAAUAUCAAAAUGGAGAUUUGGCAUUCAUUGUUUCUGAUGGUCGCAUAUACAUACAUUUUUCAUAUUAAUUUUUUACCAUUAUAUACACAUGUUAGAUAAUCCUGGACUGUUAUACAUUUGAUACUGAACUGACAGUCAUACAAAAUAUACAAUAGUUCUAUAUGUCAUAAUUCUCAAUCUUAAAGUCGUAUUUGAUAUUUUUUUUUAAAAAUAAAACAGCAAAAUGUAUAAAGACCAUGGAUGGCAGAUGUUAGAGGUUGAACUCUUGAAUUGUGCCUGACUUUGAUUGAAAACACACAUCUUGGCUUAAAUGAAUCUUACAUGAAUCAAUGUAAUUCAAGUUGAAAAAUGGACUUUUAACCACAGACACAAUGAAGGAUGUAAGUAAAUAAAA